AUGGGCGAGCUCGUGGAGUGCCGUUUUUUCGCGUCGGCGGCAGCGACCGAGCACGUCAUCAAGGUUCCCUCCCUGGGGGACUCGAUAACCGAGGGAGGCUUGCUCGAGUGGAGGAAGAAGGUGGGCGAUUUCGUCGCCGUCGACGAGGUCGUGUGCGUGAUCGAAACCGACAAAGUCACCGUAGAAAUACACAGCGACUGCUCAGGCGUCUUGCUGUCUCAAGCGGCACAAGAAGGAGACACCGUCCAUGUGGGUAGCCAGUUGGCGGUCAUCGACUACUCAGAUGCAGCCGUGGGAGCGGCUGCGCAGGUGGCAGACGCAAGCGCCAAAGCGGGCGCCGAAGCGUCCGCCGGAGGCGAGUCGGGCGAGCCUUCGGCUGCCAAGAACGGCCUGAGAGAAUCUGGACUGGAGGCGCAUCAGGCUGCGCCCCGCGCCUUCGGCGGCUCUCCCCACGGAUCUCACGAGUCACUCGUUCAGGGCCGGCGACGCACGCCGCACAUCGUCUUCAAGUUUGGGCGCAGGAAAUGUGGAGCGGCGCCCCUGGCCGUCGCGCAGGAGCCUGCAGAGCCGACGGAGACAUCCGAAGACCCGCUGCUAGAGCUCUGGGGCGUGCCGAGGUGGCGACCGCUCGGUGAGGCGGAAAUGGAAGCUGUGAAUUUGGGAGGCGCCGGAAGCGCGGCAGACGCGCUCGGGAUCUGGUCUGUCUCGCUCAACAUGCAGCCGCCGAAGCCGCAGAAAGCAGGAAAGAACGCAGAGACAAGAAAGGCCAAGUAG